CUUCCUCUCUCUCAUCACUAUAAGUUGACAGUUCACAAAACUACCCACAAAACCAAAGGGUCAUCACCAUCAAACAUGGGUGGCAGUGUUAGCAAGAGUGGGAUGAGGAGGAAGAGUUCUGAGAAAUAUGUGAUGAAUUUGAAGGAGAAAGUGAGGCUAUUGCAAGAGGAGAUUAAGGAGAUGAUGUAUGAGAGGGAGAAGGAGACCAGGAGCUAUGAGAGGGACAUAAUGGUGUUCACUUUCAAGGAGGCAGAUUGGAAGCAAGAGGGGAAGAGGCUGAGAGAGGAGGUGAAGCAAUUGAGGAGUUUGGUGGAAGAGAAAGAUGAGAAGAUAAGAGAGAUUGAGGUUGGAAUGAUGGAGAAGAGUAGUGAGAAGGAGUGGGAAUUGAUGGGGACUAAGCUCUUGGUUGAGCAGAUGAAAGAGGAGAGAGCAAGGAGAGAUGAAGCUGUGGAGAAGUGGAAGCAACUUUAUCUUGCAAUUAAGAUCGAGCUUGAUGAACUCAUUCAAAGAACAUAUGAUGGGGAUGGUCUGUAUUGGAAAGCAGAGGAGAAUGACAUCCAAAUGGAAAAUCUGAAGAAGGAAUUGCAAGAAAAGGACGAAACCAUCAAGGCCUUAAAAACUCAAUUACUUUCAAUGGAGAAAGAAAAGUACAAAAAGGAGAGGGAGUUUGACUUGUUAAGGCAAAGCCUGAGGAUUAUGAAUGGCAAGAAAAAUUCAAUUCAAACGAAAGAGAAGCUCUUGAAAAGCAAAUUGGGAAAAUGAAAUGCACAAAAACUAGGUUUCAUAUCCAAAAUUGAACAAUGUGGUUGAAUAUGUAUUAUUGUAUACUGGGUUGGUUUGUAUAUUGCAACAUCACCUAUUUUCCUUUUAUUUUUUCCCCUUCCUUUUUUCUUCAGAAAAAUAAGCAAGCCAAUACUUCCACAGAAGAAAAAUCUUCAUCUUGUACCUUGAAAGAAAGAAAAAAAACAGAACAUUGAGGAAGAUUAGCAA